AUGGCAGAGAGAAUCAACUCAGAAUUUUCUAAGAUUUUAAGAAUUCAUUUGAAACAAUUGAUGAAAAACUCAAUUCACCGUCAACACGGCACGGCUCGUCUAUUGCAAGGUGGACUCGAGCUCGCCUCAAGGAUAAAAACACCUACAAAAUUGCGCAGACAGGCAACAGACAAACAAAGCGAGAGACACAAAGCUUAG